AUGGCGGCCCUCCUGAAAAAGCGGGCCCUGGCCGAAUAUUCCCAAACUAUACAAGAGGAACCGAGACACCGACCACUGAAGAAGUUGCAUCUGACGAAAAAGACCCAAACAACGAAAGCACAGCAUGUGUGUGACACGCUCAAGAGCAAGGAGCAGAGUGAAAGGCUCUCUGUGCUGCUUCGACUCGAGCGGUCUUUGCCGCAAGAAGCUGAGCAACGAGCGCUAAUGUACAAAAUCCUCAUCGAUCACUAUCAGAAGGAGACCGAAACACCUGUGAGAGCGAAAAUCGUCAGCUUGCUCCCAGCCUUGUGCCCGAACCGCCUGGACGACUUGGCGCAAUUCGCAUCAUCGGAAUCUUCUCACCUUGUGCGCGCCGCUCUCAUGGAUGCAAUCGUAGCGGUGGGGGAAGACGCCAUGUCGCAGGAUGAUCGGCCUCGUCAGCUCCGCUGCAUGAAACUCAUCGAGGAAGGUCUCAACGAUACAACACAUCUGGUGAAGAGCAGGGUCCUGAAAUGGCUCGCUCGACUGGUGCCCUCUACGGCGGCUGAUUCCGAAAUCCAAAACACUGUCAUGGCCACGCUGAUCAAGUACACUCGACAUCAAGACCCCCGGGUUCGCACCGCGGCUCUGAAAGCCAUCCUACUGCUGCACAAGAGGAACAUUCCUCUCGAAGCUUCUUUCUACAGAGAGGCCUGCAGAGGCCUCAACGACGACUUCGAGAACGUUCGGAUGGUCUCCAUGCGUCUGGUGCAGGCCAUGGCGCAAGUCCACGGUCGGGAACAGGUCGAGGUCGAGGGUGGCUCUGGGGAACACAUACACCUGUACGACCACGCUUUUGCGAUGAUCUGUCAAAUGAUAAACGAUAUCAACAUGAACGUGCGAGUACUGUCCGCGAAUCUGCUCGGUCAGAUGCACGAGGUCUCACCGAGUUUCCUAGAACAAACCCUGGACAAGAAACUAAUGUCCAACCUUCGACGAAAAGCCUCGGCGCACGAAAGGCGACGGGAAGCUUUCCAGGCCGGCGAAUGGUCCUCUGGACAGAAGUGGCAGGACGACGCUCCCCGGGAAUUGGUGGACGAAGAAGCGGUCAGUCUGAUGAACCAAGGAGCCUGUGGGUUUUUCGUCCACUCCCUGGAGGACGAGUUCCUUGAAGUUCGGCUUGCCUCGCUCGAAGCCCUCUGCAGCCUCGCCGUGCGUUUCGCAGCAUUCGCCUCGCAUUCGCUCGACUUCGUGGUUGACAUGUUCAACGACGAGAUAGAGGACGUGAGAUUGAGAGCGAUCGAUGUCCUGGAGAAGAUGGGCCACGCCCACGUCCUACGGGACGAUCAGCUGGACACCGUGCUGUCGGUUCUGAAGGACUUUUCGAUGUACACUCGGGAAGCUCUGCAUCGUAUGCUGUGUCACUGCAGGAUCAGGACAACGACCAGUCUCAACGCCUGCGUGGAGGCGUUGCUCGAGAAUCUCCGGCGGUAUCCGCAAGAUCGUAAGAGUAUUUACAAGUGCCUCAUGGCACUCGGGAAGUGCAACCCGCACAUCACCCUAGCGCUGGUGCCCAAGCUCCUGAACAUUCAUCCCUAUCUGGAUCUCCCGGAACCCGAUGUGGAGGACAAGCGAUACAUCGCUAUAUUGAUUUUGGUUUUCAACGCUGCGGCCGCUUGCCCCACCAUGCUGCCCCUGCUUGAAGAGCAUACCCUCAGGCACUACAUUUAUCUUAGGGAUUCGAUGCCACAUCUCGUCCCGUACCUCGAGCUACCUCUCAAAAACGGUCAGAUCCUCGCGGCGUCGAAGACUUCCUCAGGGUCUUCACUCCAGCAGAGCGCGACUUUCCUGCAGCAGGUCCUUCAGCGUGUCUCCAAUCUACCCGGGUCGUCGAACGAAUUUCGUCACCAGUGGCUGCAGGCCGCCAUACAGGACCUGGAGAAACUUGCUGAAAUGGAACCGGAGUUGGCCGCGGGCGCUGAUUGCAUGAGAAUUUUUAUCAGAUGCCAGUCGAUGAUCACACAGGUCGUGACCAAUCGGUCCUGGUUGGAUCUCAGUCAGAGCACCCAACCCAUGGGCCCUGCUCUCAAAGCAAUCCUGGACGAUCUUUUCCGACAGGCCUACAUUCUCGAGCACCGGUUUAUCGGAUUGACUCCGCCCGAAAUCGCAGCUGUCCGGCAACUGUGGCUUCGACUCCGAGCGCUGCAUCUCGUCAUCGUUAUCCGAGGCUGUAAUAUGUCGGCCCUGGGCCUAUGCGAAGCUUUCCUGCUGCAGGUCGAUCGACUUCAGACGUUCCUCGAAGAGUACAAAUUGGACCCCGAACCUUGGACCGUGAGCGUCUUGCGAGAGCUGGACACGCUUUCCGACACGAGACCCGGCUCCGUUUGCAGAGCUGUAGCGCCUCUUCUGAACCAUCUGGCCACACCGAACACCUUGACUCUCCGUGGCCUGGACGACAACAUGAAGAGGAUACGUCAAGCGAACGCUACAAUCAACGAGCCCACCGGUGAACAGGACAUUCCCAUAAAAUUCCAAGCCGGUCUGGUCGUGGCCGUGACUCUCGACUGCGACUUGGAGAACGUGGCGGAUACGUCACUGAUUCGCGUCCGGGUCAAAUAUCCGGAUAAGCAGGAGCAACUCGUUAUUCCGAGACGCUCGGACUUCCGACAAGUCGAAAAUGACCGACAACGAUUAUACACCAAAGUCCUCCUCUCGCAUGGCGUGUGGAGCGAGGCGCUCCACGUAGAAAUCAAUAUCGUGUUGAGUUUCGCCGGACUGAAUCCUUCAGAAGACAAUUUCAUUGAGCUUUGCAAACCAGUGCGGGUCUACGUCUGCCCGAAGCCCGUCAAGAAGGGUAUUUGA